AGCCGGUGCGCGGCCAUGGCGAGCCUCCUGCCGCGGCGGGCCGCCGCCGCCCGCCAGCGCCUUCUCCUCCGCCCGCCGCCGUCCCCGGGCGCGGCGGCAGCGCGGGGCAGCAGCCGGAGCUUGCCCGCAGCGCUCCUGCGCCGGGCCGGGCUGGUGGGCGGCCGCUGGCUGGAGGCGCCGGCCGCCUUCUCCGUGCGGGACCCGGCCAGCGGGGACGAGCUGGCGCGGGUGGCCGACUGCGGGGCGGCCGAGGCGCGGGAGGCCGUGCGGGCGGCGCACGGGGCCGGCGCCGCCUGGGGCCGCCUGCCCGCCAAGGAGAGGAGCGUGCGGCUGCGGAGGUGGUACGAGCUGAUGAUGGAGAACAAGGAGGAGCUGGCGAGGAUCAUCACGGCCGAGAACGGGAAGCCCCUGAAGGAAGCCCAGGGCGAGAUCCUGUACUCUGCCUCGUUCCUGGAGUGGUUUGCAGAGGAAGCUCGCCGGGUUUAUGGUGAUGUCAUUCCAGCCUCUUCGACAGACAGGAGGAUCCUGGUGCUGAAGCAGCCAGUGGGAGUGGCAGCCAUUAUAACCCCAUGGAACUUCCCCAGCGCCAUGAUCACGCGGAAGGUGGGGGCUGCGCUGGCCGCCGGCUGCACCGUGGUGGUGAAACCCGCCGAGGACACGCCGCUCUCAGCGCUGGCUCUCGGGGAGCUUGCAAACCAGGCUGGAAUUCCUGCAGGAGUGUAUAAUGUUGUUCCUUGUUCCAGACAACAGGCCCCAGCUGUAGGGGAGGUUCUCUGCACUGAUCCAUUGGUAGCCAAAAUAUCUUUUACUGGCUCUACAGCAACAGGAAAGGUCCUGCUGAAGCAUGCAGCUGGCACUGUGAAGAGGGUGUCCAUGGAGCUUGGAGGACACGCGCCUUUCAUCGUGUUUGACAGCGCCGACAUGGACCGAGCUGUUGCAGGAGCCCUUGCUUCCAAGUACAGGAACUCAGGGCAGACCUGUGUUUGCGCAAACCGCUUCCUGGUGCAGAAGGGAAUCCAUGACCAGUUUGUGGAGAAGUUUGCAAAAGCUAUCGAGAGAGAGCUGCACGUUGGAAGUGGAUUUGAUGCCAAAACUACCCAAGGGCCACUCAUUAACGAAAAAGCAGUGGAGAAGGUAGAGAGACAGAUCAAGGAUGCAGUUUCUCAAGGAGCAUCUGUGGUGACUGGAGGGAAACGGCACAGCCUGGGGAAGAAUUUCUUUGAGCCAACGUUACUUAGUAAUGUUACAACAAAGAUGCUCUGCACCCAAGAGGAGACAUUUGGCCCUUUAGCACCGGUUAUCAAAUUUGAGACAGAAGCAGAAGCUGUUGCUAUAGCCAAUGCAGCCAGCGUGGGGUUAGCAGGGUAUUUCUACUCCCGAGAUCCAGCUCAGAUCUGGAGAGUUGCAGAACAGCUGGAAGUUGGAAUGGUGGGUGUUAAUGAAGGCAUCAUCUCCGCCGUGGAGAGCCCUUUUGGUGGGGUGAAAGAGUCUGGCUUAGGGCGAGAAGGCUCAAAGUAUGGCAUUGAUGAGUACUUAGAAAUAAAGUAUGUGUGCUUUGGAGGCUUAUAAAAACCUACAGAAAGCACAAUCCCAACAGCUUGGAAAAGACUGCUGUGGUUUUAAUCAGCUUCUUGAAUCAGAAAUACUUAAGAAUGCAACUUCUCCCUUCUUCAAAACUAAGCAACCCUGUCCUGUAGGUGUUACUUCCAGUAUCCCGUGCUGCCAUAGGUUUUUACAUGUUCCUCAUUUCUGUACUCGGUUUCUCAGCACUGUGAUCACAGUGGCCAUUUUUAGUAGGGAGUAGGGAAGAACACACGUUUGUUUUGCCCCCUGUGUAACCCAGAGGACUUGGCCACUCGUGUGGAAUGAAAACAGAUCACAACCUAGGGCAAGGGGGAGACCAGACCAAUUUCCUACUGCCUGUGUGUUUCAGCGGGGGUGGGGGAGGCUUUGGGGAUGGCAAGUCCCCCUGUAGGAUUUUGUGUAAAUACAUUUGCUAAUGUGGUUAUGUGACCUUUUAGAAGCAGGCCUGUCUUUUUUUUUUUCACUUGUAGGAGAAUGUGGUGCCUCUGAAAAGUGAGGAAUUGCUUUUAGGUACACUUAGGCAUCCAUGCAGGCACCCAGCCAUCCUGUCCAGUGCAUGUUAACGCUGGCUGCAGAGCUCUCACUUGUGCCUAACAACCAGCUAGCAUGCCUGGGACCAAAUAUGACCCUUGUCUGCUGUUUGUGAGCGCUAGCAGUCCUGGGAACAGGACAGGGUGCUGCUGGCUGAGUGAGGAGCAGGAGGAAGAGGGGAUGCCUACUUGAGGAAUAACUUGCAGAAUUGUAAGGAGCCACUUAAGGGCUGUGUGAAGGAAGCACAAGUGGUGACACAACACGCUACAGAUACUCCCUUCCAUGAGAAGGACGUGCCUCUCCUUGUGUAGAAGGACAGUCACUGAUGUAGAAGUUGCUCAGUGGCUAAAGGAACGUUUCUCACCACCUCCAGAGAACUUGACCUUACAAAUGGUUCCGUUCCUACGGGCUUUGUGCCUUGAAGUGGAUGUGUGGUUACACAGAUGAAUGUCCAUUAGGGAGGAAAGGUUUAAAAACCUUUGGACUUGGGUAACUGGUGACCUAAUAAAGACUUAAACAGAUGUGAUUACAGGUGAGACUAGUUUGUGUCACCUCAUUUGUCAUCUUCAGAAGACAAAGCAAAGCUUCCUUAAUACAAAAUAAUCAGUGCUGUUUAGACAUUAUUUUCAUGGCAGCCCAAAAGCAGCACUUCAGCAAGUGGGCAGUGGUAAUCUGGCAAAUGAAUUGGCACUUCGGAGGCUAAGGGGAAUACAUGUUGGUUCCCGUGUUGGGCAACUUUGUCUGGUGGGCCUUUACCUAUUCAUUACUAAAAAUAAAUACAAGAGGGCAACAGAGCUUUUCUUCCUGUACACUAAUGAAUGUACCCUGUGAAAUGGGCUAUUUUAAGAGAUUUUUAUCCAAUGAGUGAAUGAGGUCGCACAAGACUUGGGGGGGGAAGUAAGCAGGAGCCGAGUUGCAGGGGGGGUUUAAAACGCACAUAAGGUAGCAGUGACUGCUGCUUCAGUACUUGUCAGUAUUUUUUAUGGUUCUGUUUGUGUAACACUUGAGACUAGGUCUGGAGCACAUUACCUGUCAGUGCCCUGAGUGUGUGUGUGUGUGUGUGUGCCUCAUGCCAACCCAGGGGCAGUGGUUAAAGGACAUUUAUGGCCUCCCAGUAAUUCCCACUGCACCAAAAACACACAUGUAAGACAGGGAUGACUUAAUGCUGUUGGCCAGUUGCAGACUAUGUGCUUGUCAAGAGUGAAUAAAGGAUGACCUAGUCCUACAUUAGUUGCAAAAACCUUCUUAUAGUCAGCUUCCAAGCUUGAACUGUUUGGAAGGCAGAGGGUGCCUGAAUUUGGGGAAGAGCGUGUUGUGGAAGAGGAAGCUGUUUGCCAGCCUUGGCUGCCACGAUGUGUUUCUUACUGGAAAGAGCAACUAGGUAGAAAGGGGUGGUAGCUUGGUGCCUGGGUACCACUGUACAGUGAUGCUGGCACACUUACAGGUGUGGGACACAGGUAGAGACCAUCUGCCACUGAAACUGCACAGACUUAAAAGGUGUCUGCCUGGGGACUGCAGCACAAGGUCAACGUUCAGCUUCUGUUGCUUGCUGCUGCAGGACACAGCGCAGUCUUGAAUGUGGGUGUGCUGCUUGGGACAGUGCAGCUGGGAUAAAUCCUUUAACCUGCUGCUCUAUUCAUUGCAAAUUAGUGAUCUGGUGCAUUGAUGCAUUUAAAAUCUUGAUGUCUUUUCAGAGAAUAGCACUGUUAAAAUUCACGAGUAAAUGUUUACUUCUUUUUCCUGGCAAAUACUACUUUUUACUCUGUCUGAUAACAUACUGUAAGCACAAAGUGUAAUUAAAGAUAAGGGGUGUAAUAAACUUCAAGAAUACCUUUGGCUGGAUGGCCUGGAGUCCAGCAGUGUCCUUGUUGUCACUAAGGUCCACAUCAGUGAAGCACAGAAUCAUCUGAAAAGUUAUCUUCAUGGCAAAGAGCUGUGAUCCUUCACCAAGGGUGGUACUUGAAUUCUCACACCUCAGUUAACGUUGGUUACACUUGUGAUAGCUUAGCACUUGCUGGGUAUUAAAACUGUGAUGGAAAAACAUGGUUUCAGUUAAUAAAUAGCUUGUGAAAGCACUGAA